UCCCGAGAGAAGAGACUCCGGCGAGGUCCUCCGAGCAGCGUUCCUUCGGUUAUACGUGUUCCCUGUGUAGCCACCAGCUCACGAUCAGCGGCCCCAACUUUGGUGUGGAAUAUACAAGCCCAGGCUGGCCUCCGCAGUCCGGCAGGACGCUGGUAGUCACACAUCCACUCAUCCAGCCUCUGGAUCAUCGUCUGACUCGCUCCUCCGUUAACGGGCGAACAUUGUUAAAAACGCGCCAGGAUUAAAUAUACGCGUUGUAUACACUUGAUCGACGCGAAAAUACCUAAUCACGCGGUUCCCUGCACGUCUAAUAUACACAGAUCGUAUAUACAACAUCAUUGUAUCGAACCAUCCUACGCGUGCAACCGCGCGUGCCUGUGUGUGUGUACGUGUGUAUGUGUAUGUGCGUGUGUGUGUGUAUACAUACAUAUAUAUGUAUAUGUAUGUAGGUAUAAUGCCUUGUGUCAUCUGUGUACAUUUAUAACUGUCUCUAAACUUGUCCGCGCGUGCGUCGCCGAUCAAUCGAUGUAUAAACACCUCGUCUACGUUAUACCGUACGCUGUACGCAUCGACGUAUCUCGUACAUGCAAUUCCUGCGGUAUGCAUACACGUGGACUAUAGCUACGCGUGUGUGUGUGUGUGUGUUAUUCGUAUAAGAACCGCGCGUGCAUUAUUGUAUAUAUAUAUAUACAUGUACGGUUUUAAUGCCUGCAGUGGAAGAAAGGAAUAAAUUAUACCUGUGUUAAAAGUGUCGUUUGAUUUUGAAGGGGUAUAAUCGUCGUAACGACGACGACAACAGCAACAACAACAACAACAACAACAGCAUCGUUAAUAAAGAUAACAAUAACAAUAAUAAUAAUAAAAGAAACGAGGUAACAAAAAAAGAAAAAAAAAAGGAACUAAACUAUAAUGUUCUUAUUGUUCUUGUUGUUCUUUAUGCCGCAGCAGUACUGUACCUCGUUCAAUUUUGACACGUAAAGAAACAAGAAAAAAUAAAAACAAACAAACAAACAACAAUCUCGCGGCGGGAGUAAUAAUUGUGUUGAAGUGACAUAUGCGUAGAGAGAGAGGGAGAGAUAGAGAGAGGAAAGUUGGAUCUGCAACGCCUCGUGCAAUAUACGCGUAUUAUACAUAUAUAGAUGUAUACCAGUAAGCGUGCGGCAGAGUUAUCGCACGCGUGAAACGCGGACAGCUGAUAAUAAUUGGGCCUUACUGCGAAAUUGAACGCGGGGCCGCGAAAGGUGCGCGACGAUAUUGCACUUGAGUGCAGUGCGGCGGCAGCAGCAGCAGCAGCCUGGAUGAACGAUUAAGAACGGGCCCGGUAUAGCUAAGCGUGAGAGAAGAAACCGCGGAGAUGUGAUCCAGAGACUGGGAGAUAGCCGGUAGUUUGUAGUUCACCUAUCCCACGAACAUGCAGCCUCCCGUCUGCAUCAGCAUCCCAGCCGAGAGGAAUCACACCUUCGAUCUUAACUAAAUGCAACCCAAACGAAUCUCUUCCUCCAACGUGCCAUACAUUCUUCAGCAGCCUGUGAUACAAGACUUGAAACGAAAGAAAGAAAAAGAAAAAAAAAACGAAAAAAUUACACACCGGACACACGUCUGCGCAGCCUGGUGAUCUGCGGGACGGACGUUUCACUGUAGCCGUAAGAAAAGUAACGACAUAUCGAUGCAGCGGAAAUUUUGUUAACCAACCACCGAGGCAUCGUCACUCCCUGAAUUAAAUUAUAUACGUAUAGUAUACCCGUUGUACCUGAAGGAGUCGAGGAGAAACGAAGACUUGAGAAUAAAGGAAAUGUCGACGUGCGCGGACGAACCGGACCCGGGCUCCAUCCACAUCCAGGAGGCCUUGUCUCCGGUCGAGGGUCCCGUCUCACCGGCAUCCUCAUCUCUGAGCAACCAUAAUCAAAACGAUAAUGACCAAGUACUGCUAGCGACGAUGCAGCCGGUGAACGUCCUGGACCUUCACGAGCCGUCGCAGCACCCUCUUCACCACAAGUUUCACCGUCACCAUCACCAUCACCAUCAGCAGCAACAGCAGCAUCACCAUCCGCACCACGCGCACCACCAGCAGCACCACCACCACAGCCAUCAUCACCACCAGCACCAGCAGGAUCAGGAUCAGGACACGCGGGGCGAAGAAGACGAUGACCGGGUGACUCCAGAGGCGGCUGGAACGGUAGUAGCGCCGCCAUCGAACCUCGGUGAGCACAAGAUGAUCGACCUGAUAUACAACGACGGUCAGAAGACCGUCAUGUACACCCACGACAAGGAGAUCAUCUACGAGAACGAGGCGGACAGGGUCCAGGUCGUCGAGUAUCCGCCCCCGCCGCCCUCUCCGCCGACGAACUCCAGGUCGCGAGCCGCAGCCCUCCACCUCCAUCACUAUCCUCAGCUGCAGCUCCAGCAGCACGAGGACGCCAUCAUGACACGUGGCACACCCUGCACUUCCGCUGCCUCUGGAUCAAACUGCGCGACUACAACCACCGUCCUCGUUUUGUCGGAACUCGUUGCCGCCGAUCCCGGAGCCGCGCAGCUCGCCCUUGGCAAUGCCGCAUCCCUUCGCGCAGGGAGGAGAAGUCGCGCCGAGGAGGAUUCCGGUGGCGCGGAAGAGGUUCAAGGUCAAGAUCAGAACUUCGGACCCGGUGCAUCUGGGAGUCGAGAGGAGGAGGAAGAUCUCCAGGGUAGAGAGGAGGCGCAGUCGCUCCAGACUGCGGACGGAGAAUCCGCGGAGGAGGACGUGCACAAGAGGGUCGCGGCGGUGCAGGUGCAGGUGCAGGCGAUGGAGGGCGACUGGAGGGCCUACUGCGAGCAUCCCCUGUCCGUGGCGACCGCAGCCAUGCUCAACCUGCAGCAGCAGCAUCAGGUGUCCGCCGUUUCCGGUCACGCGGACGAUCCCGGCGCCUCCUACGUUUACGAGUACUACAAACUCCCGGACAAGACACAGGACGUCAAACUUCCCCCCACCCAUGAACUCUGGUCCACGGGUGUGAUGGGCCAGAAGCUGCUGGUGCAGGAGCCGCAGGGUUCGGGAUCAUCGAACCGCAUGGAGACGGGCCCGGAGUCAUCCGGCAGCGGAGAACUCCACCACUUCCUCCACCAGUACAACCAGUCCCACAGUCCGGGGGUCCAGAGUAUGCCCAGCGGUCUGCCACUGAGUCCGCAGUCGAUGCAGCGGCACGAUUCCGGCCCCGGGGGCGUUUCCGGUGUGAAACGAGAGCCGGAGGACCUGAGCUCGUCGCGGGGCCAGCAGUCCAGCAACAAACGGCACAAGGCCCAGGACAGCCCGACACCGCCGGCCGACCACUCGGCCAUGUACCACCACCAGCACCAGCUCCAGGUCCAGCAAUACGGCAGCCCCUACGACCCCUACUCCUCCUGCAGUCCCAGGUUGCAGUCGGCCGCCUACUCCUCCGGGUCUUCGGGGGGUGCGGGACUCCAGCAGGAGGGAACCGCGGUCUACGUCACAGGAGACACCCUUCCGCCGCUUCCCUCCUCGGGUUCCUCGUCGUUACCGACGACGACCGCGUCCUACACCCGGUACGACGUCGUCCCGAGCUCCUACGCCGUCACCCACACGAUAAGGUCAUCCUCCAGCAGCAGCAAAGCUCUCACCGUCGACCUGCCAAGCCCCGAUUCCGGCAUUGGUGCCGACGCCGUUACUCCGAGGCAGGAUCAUCAUCCGCCACCGACCGCUCUUCAUCAGACGUCCUUCGAUUACACGGAACUCUGUCCCGGAGGUCCUGUCGCCGGGACAGCCGUGGUCCUCGAAAACGGGGCGGUCGUUCAUCACCAGCCCCUUCAACUCCAGCUCCAGCAGGGCCACGGCCAGGUCCAAGUCCAACGGGGUGGGAGCGGAGGCCUCGUAGCAUCGGGUGCGAGCAAUCCGAACGCAUCCCAAAAUCCGCCAAGAUCGAGACCUUGGCACGACUUUGGCCGACAAAACGACGCUGACAAGAUUCAGAUACCAAAAAUCUACUCGUCCUACGGUUUCAAAUAUCACCUGGAAGCGCCGAUCAGCACCUCGCAGCGUCGGGAGGACGACCGCAUCACGUACAUCAACAAGGGUCAGUUUUACGGCAUCGCUUUGGACUACAUACCGGAUCCAGACAAGCCGCUCCUCAAGUCCGGUCAGACGGUUAAGAGCGUCGUUAUGCUGAUGUUCCGAGAGGAGAAAAGCCCUGAGGACGAGAUAAAGGCGUGGCAGUUUUGGCACGGCAGACAGCAUUCGGUCAAGCAGCGCAUACUGGACGCUGAUACGAAGAACAGCGUUGGCUUAGUUGGAUGCAUCGAGGAGGUCGCGCACAACGCUAUCGCCGUUUACUGGAACCCGGUUGAAUCUUCUGCCAAGAUAAACGUGGCGGUCCAGUGUCUGAGUACAGACUUUUCGAGUCAAAAGGGCGUGAAAGGUCUGCCUCUCCACAUCCAAGUUGACACGUACGAGGAGCCUCCACCCCAUCCGCACACUCACACGCCUACGCCACCCUCGCAUCGGGGCUACUGUCAGAUAAAAGUGUUCUGCGAUAAGGGUGCGGAGAGGAAAACAAGGGACGAGGAACGGAGAGCGGCAAAGCGGAAGAUGACGGCCACUGGAAGAAAGAAGCUAGACGAGCUCUACCAUUCCGUUACGGAACGCAGCGAGUUCUACUCCAUGGCGGAUCUACAUAAGCCCCCGGUCCUCUUCUCACCACCCGCUGAACACACCAUCGACAAGUUCUCGCCGAUGGAACUGUCCGGAUUUUACGGCGGCGGCGGCGGCGGCACAACCGGCGGAGACACGGACACGUCGUCACUGAGCAACGGGGAAGGUGGCGGAGUAAAAGCGGGGCCGAGCAGUCCGUACCCGACGUGCGUGAGGCCGAGUCUCCCUGCGCUCAAGUUCCACAAUCACUUCCCACCGGACAACCUGACCUCCAUCCACGACAAGAAGGACUCCCUGCUGAUGCAGGUCCAGGAACUCCAGGGCUCGGCGCUCCAGGGGAUGCAGCAGACCGGCCUUGGAACCGGCGUGGCGGUCGGCAACCGGCUUCACCUUCAGCAGCAGCAUCUUCGCGGCAACGAAUCCGAGGAACGCGUUAUGCUCUACGUCCGGCAGGAGUCCGAGGACGUUUACACACCACUCCACGUCGCGCCGCCCUCGGUUCAAGGACUCCUCAAUGCUAUUGAGUCAAAGUACAAAAUUGCAUCCUCGAGUAUUAAUAACCUCUAUCGCAAAAACACAAAGGGAAUUACGGCGAAAAUUGACGACGACAUGGUGCGAUAUUACGUCGACGAAGAUCUUUUCCUACUCGAGGUUAGUCACACCUCGGUAUCGAGUAACUCCGACCCGAAUUCCGAGCACGAUCCCUCGUCGCCUGGCGACAUCAGGAACGGAGCUGGGGCCGGAUAUGACGUCACUCUCAUCGAGCUUUCGACCCCAGCGGUUCAGCCGUCGGUUCCGGUCUCAGUUCCGGGGUCGUUGUCGCCCCACCCCCACUCCCAGCAUCAGCACCAACAUGGACACCCUCACGAGAGCAACAAUACGUGAGCUAGGAACGAGGAUCGCCGAGUCAAAAGUUCGAGCUUGGUAGUCGGGUGAGGAGAAGAAGGAGGGAAACGAUCGGAUAGAGGUACAGAAUCGAGUAAUGAUUCGUAAUUAUACCGGAACAAUCUCUUGAAACUUGUAAAUUCAACCGCGCAUGCGCGAGUUUUAUCGGCUCUUCGCGCAGGCUGGCCAUCCCCGAGUUUUCAGCUGUCCACCUCUUUCUGGCGGCAAUGUGGUUCGUACGAAUUUUCGAGGUUAGAAUCUCAAGUAAUUAAGGCAGCGACUCGGAAAAGUUUGGGAAGCAUUUGUUGUUGGGUCGGAAAGCUCAUUCUUCAAAGAACGGUCGGUAUUUAAUGCUUUAUAAUCUUUGAAAAUUCUAACGUACACAUUUUGCGUACGUUGGCACGCCUGCAUCGCGGACAAAAAUAUCGCUUCCGGAAGAUUUUGCCGACCAAUGAGAUUGAAUUACUUGGCGCACGCGCGGUUGAUUUUCAACUUUCAAGAGAUUUUCCCGGUGUGCGUAUAUGUAGGCUCGCAAGGAAAGUGUCUGGUCUUCGGAUCACGGAUCGACCGAAACUUCUAGAACAGUUACUUCGGCUCAAAAUACGAAGCUUCCGAUGUGUAAUUUUGUCAAAUCGCUCCGUUUACGAUGUAGAUCAGGUCGUCGAAGAUUCGCAGUUUAAUGAAAAUUGAUAUCGAAGGCAAAAACACGCUUCUUAUCUUGUUAGGUCAGGAAAUCAACCACAGAAAUUCUGGGAAAAUCAAUGAUCCAGAGACAGGAUACACUCCGUGUUAGUUUUAUCACGUUAUCGUUAUGUUUGGGUGAUUGUGGCAGUAGAAUCGAAGUGACCGUUGCUCGUGUGCACUUUAAGUGAGAACGAGCCUAUCCCACCAUCUUCUUUUUUUGUUUUUUCUAUUAUUGUACUGUAUACGUAAAGUAACUGCACUGUCUUCCGCUCUCUCGUUAUAAUCGGAUAAUUUUCCCGAGAACUCAUUAUGUACCUAUAACAAUCGCGUCGAUAUCACACGAUUCUUCAUCGUUGUAAAUACUUUCAUGCUAUGUGUUACACCUACCAUACAUUAUUUCGUUAUGUCUACUCUAUACAUCUUAUAUAAACUCCGAGUAUAAUUUUCUCCGUUAAGUCACAAUUCAUUCGCCCAAUUUAAAUCGUCAAACUAUAAAGUGGCCGUUGGUCGUUUUGACAACCAUAUUCAAUACUACUCCGAUGUUCUUAACAAUUACUUAGGCGCUAUAAUAUUGUUCUCAUUAUUUCGUAAAAUUUUUUUAUGGAUGUAGAGUAAAAAUUCCCAACAGCGGACAUCUUCGGGAUUAGAAAUAUUGUCCGUUAUUGAGGAGUGGCCGCUAUUCAGAACAACAUUAACGUGUAAAUUGUGCUUCAGAAGAUUUUUAGACUGUCCGUUGUAAAAAGGGAUCCUUUGUUGAGAGGUGUCCGUUAAGAAAAGUUUCACUGUAUUCGCGACACAUUAUCAACCAAAAGUGAGUCUCGUCGAAAAUAUUGAAUACUUUAUGACAUGAUAGAAAUCGGGAAAAAAUCAACCACGGUCAAAGACGAUAAGAAAAUUAAAUUUGAAUAAAAACAGUACCCAAAAGUUAUCAAUAAAUUGUUUAAACAAAACAUUGCUUAAAAAAUCCGCAGGGAAUGUUUUUUUUUGUCAUGUGAAAUUCGUUGAUUUUUUUGAAUACACGUGAAUUGUUAAAAAUUUUCUUAUUAUUUUGAAAUUUCGAAAGGAGAGAUGUAACGCAAUGAGAUUUGAUUUCGGCUUAGCGAACCCACAUACAUCGUUUCAAAACAUGUUUUCUAUUCAUCGUUGAGCCUUUGUACAUGUACAGAGUCAGCUGUGCUCUUCAACAUAAAUAAAUCAAAUCCAGUCAAGUAAAUCGCAAAAAAAUAAUUGGCAACCACUAAGCGAACGACAGCUCAUGUUUCAGCGAAGAUUUCACUAUUUUCCGAAUGUUUGUUCAUUACAAACGAGGUCGAGUCAGAUUCCACGAAAAGUUCGAAAGCUUUGACCCACUAUUCGAUAUGACUUAGCUGAAUAUCGGUACUGCGGGAUUGUUUGGAAAUUGGUAAAAGAUCUGCUAUUUCAGCGUCAAAAUUAUUCAAUAUGGCCGCCGAGAUAGCCGGCAAAGCCAUUAUAAUGAGUAAGCACUUGUUUACCUUACCUGCGUGAUUCACUCUUUUCAUCUUUCGGCGGCGCCAAGCUCUCAAAAUUAUUGUAAUAAUUUAAAAGUAAUAAUAAAAGAAGGAAUAAAAAAAACCGGAAUAUCGUACGUUCGUGACGCGAUGUGUGAAUCAGCUUUAGAGAUCCACGUGUACAUCAACGCUAAAGUUUAUAAAUUUUUACUCGUAACGCAAAGGUAGAUUUACAAUACACGGGCAUCUUCACCAAUCAUAAAUUUUAACAAUGCCGAUUACGCAAUCAAAGAUAAAUUAACAAGAGCCAAUCUUUGUCCGCCUGUCGUUUUUGUUUUCCCCAUUAAACCUUAUAACCGAUUGUUAACGUUAAUUUAGAAGCAAAUAAAACAUUUUAGACAACUGAAAGAACUCGUCCAUUAAUCUGGCGUGAUUCGUUCGUGGACGGCAUGCCACGUUACUAUAGAAUAGCAGACAUUGAACUGAUAAAAAACAAUCAACAAUUGAGUGUAAAGUCUACGUGUGAUUGGUUCUAAUUACCGGUAUAAGCUCGUUUCUGUUUUUAUGUAGAUACGGUUGGCUGUUCAAAGUUAAUCUAUAACAGUCGAAUAAAAACUUGAUUUGCUUACGAAAAAAAGAAAAAAAAAAAACAAAAAAGAACAAUGUACGGGUAACAGUUUGUGGAUAGCAGAGAAGUUGUGUUAUCGCAAAAAAAAUAGACACUUAUAGAGUCAGAAUGAAAAUGAGAAAAUACGUAGCUUCUUUCUUUUCCGUGACCUUUUUUUUUGACGGCCGUUUCCUUUCUCACCUUUUUUUUUUCUCUUUUACAUAAUUAUACACAUAGGUAUAUAUACUAUGUUAUGAUUGUUUUUUUUUUUUUUGUUUUUUUUAAUUGUACAUCGUGGUCCAUUACAUAUUAUUAUCGAAGAUGGAUAUGCCACAUUUAUACAUGUAUAGGGUUAUAAAAUGAUCGUGCGAAGGACCAGCGAUAGUUUAUAAGAGAAGUUUACUAAUGUAGAUCGUAUAAUAAUAUAAUAGUGAUCAUAUUAUAUAAACGCAAAGUAUAAAGUAUGUUAGGAAAAAUGGCAUAUGAUGCUAGAUGUUGAAAAUUCUUAUAUCGAUAUUAAUUAAUAUAGUGGGAAGGCCAUAUAUGCAGCGAUCAUGAGAAUAUAUAGUAUAUACAUAUAUUUUUUUUUUUUCUUUAUAUAUGAAUAGUGGUUAAUGGUUAUCGAUUGAUUAAUUAUAUCUAUUCCCGGUUAUAUAUAUAUAAGUACAGACCAAGGCACGGCUUUAAGCCCGGAUUCUCUUGUUAUUACGAAAUCUGCGUAAAUUUAAACAUAAUAAUUAUACGUUAUUAGUAUGAAUAUAUAUUCAUACUAUAUUAUAUAUUUGAAUAUUUACCUGCAGAAUACCUAGGUUGUAUUAGAUUUUAAAUCAGAUACGAUUAAUAGGAUACAUUAUAAUAAUACGUUACGUUACUAUAUAUAGUAUAUAUAACGUAUAUGUUGUUCAUAAUAUAUUUGUCAUUCAAGAACGAUUAUCCCAUGAUUAUUAUUAUUAUUAUUAUUAUUACUAUUAUAAUUAUCUUUAUUAUUAUGCCAUUUAUACACUUCUUAUGACAUACGUUAAUCACGCACGUUAUACAAACAAACAUCGUAUUAUACCCCCCACAUACAUCAAAGCAACGAUCAAAAUACGCUUGUAAAAUCAAUAUGUUAUGUUAUUAUUACUUUUCUGUAAACAUUAUUAUUUUUGUUAAAUUUAUUACAAGAACAUAUAUGUUAUCAUCAUUAUCGUAAUUACUAUAAUAAUAAUAAUUAUUAUUAUAUAUAUUUCCGUAAAAUUACUUGAAUCAGAUGAUCAUUAUUUUUAUUAUUACCGUUGUCAAUAACAUUCAUACGCAUGAUAUAAAUUAAUUUUAUUCCAACGAUAUAACAUUGCUAGAACUUCGUAGUAUGUGUAUUAUUAUUACUAUUAUUAUUGUAGUUCGUAAAAUUUUAUCAAUUAUCAUUAUUAAUCGAGUAAUUGCAGAAAUACUUUGAGGAUUUCAACCGAUACGUUAAUUAUACAUCUUACAUAGAUGUAUAAAAAACUUGAUUGCAGGUUUAUAACCGAUAUAACAGAUCUGGGGUUAAUGCGGAAAUUGAACAGACAUCCGACCAUGACAUAUAAUUAUUGUAAAGAAAACACUGUUCGUAAUUAAACAUACAUAUAGCUGUAUACGAACGGGGAACAAAGUGAAAAAGAGACGAAAGAAAUAGAAUAAGAAAAUAAAUAUGACGUUAGAAAAGAAAGCUAAAGUUGACAACGUUGUGUAAAGGAAAAUCAAAGUAUGUAUACGGGGAUUCUUAUUAUUCUUAUCGUUAUUUUUAUCAUUAAUAGUAUUCCUUUUUUUUCGUUUUUUUACGCACCUCAGCACAUUAGCAUCCAGCCAGCCGUUUUGACUUGCCGUAAUAUAUUAUUAUAUGCUUGUACGCGUACCGUCACGUAUAAAAUACGCGGCAUUGCAUUUUGUAUUAAAAUUGAAAUGGUGAAUCUCAAUUCCGAUGAAAAAAUUGUGGAAACUCUUACAGGGUUCUACUUGUUAGGUUUUUUUUGUGUUUUUUUUUUUUUUGUUUUUUUUUUUCUCUCGUUUCAUUUCCGGCGUAGUUAAUAAUUUCUAUAAAUACCUGUACGUGAUUAAUAUGUACCGUUAACAGGUACAUAAAUAUAUUAAAUAGUUGCGACAGACUGAGUCGAUUUGGAAAAAUGAAUUCCUCGUGAUUGCAUUGCAGCAUGCAAACCGAAGAAUUGAUAUACGUACAUUACACCCGUAUAUAUUACGAGAUAAAUAUAUACACAUAUAUUCAUACAUAUAUAUAUAUAUAUUAUAAUAAUAAUAUAAAGUUGACAUAUGUAUAUAUGAAUAGAUAUAUAUACAUAUACACACUUGUAAUACAUGUGUUUGAUUGUCGCGCGACAUCUUGCCAUCGUGAGAUUGUGCCAGAGGUGAUAUUACACGUUAUAAUUACUAUUAUUAUAAUUAAUAUUAAUAUCAUCUUUCGUUCUUUUUGUUCUUUUUUUUUUUAUUCUCUUUCGCUCAUGCAAAAACAAACAGAAAAAACAUUUUUAAAAACAAUACAUAUUAUAUGUUAGUAUGUUUUACAAAAUACCAUUAUUAUUAUUAUUAUUAUUAUUAUUAUUAUUAUUAUUAUUAUUAUCAUUGUUAUUUGACACAUUAUUUGUUAUGUUAAAAUAAGCCUAUCUGACCUUAUAAACAUAUAUACUAUAUAUAUACCUAUGUAUGUAUAUAUUAUAUAUUCCAAUUAAAGUUUGAUCGAUCAUUUACAAUUACCAUAUGCAUAUAAUAUACAUAUAGAAACAUAUAAGAUAUGUUACGUCGAUGCGAAUAUAUCGCUUCAAUAAUACACACAAUGCCUAAUGGAAAAUAUGUAUAAAAAUCGAACGAUACAUAUUUACAUGAGAUAUAAGACGUGUAAGACUUUCGUGAAAUUUGCGACCCAGCCGGGAAUUUCCUAACCAACGUUGUUUGUUGUGCAAAA